AUGACUUUGCAAGAGGAGGAUUAUGAUUAUUUUGAAACUACAACUCGGAAACGUAGAACGAGACGUCCCCGUCCCACUCAGCCACGUAGAACGCCAAGACCGAAACCCACGAAGAGCCGUACAACGAAACGACCCAGUCAGUGGAGCAGAACAUCGAAACGCACGCAGAAAUAUACAACGAUACGAACCACUAAGCCAACGAAAGCACCGAAACGUACGCGGGGAUAUACAACGAUACGAACCAGUAAUGCAACGACAGCACCGAAACGUACACAGGGAUAUACAAUUGAACAUCCCAGUCUGAAAACGAACUCCUCGAGUAAUUUCAAAAAUAUUCCUAUAAUUAGUAGCACUAGUACUGGUACGACGGAAUUUUCGACUACAUUCCAAACAAACGACAACCCUGAGCUACAAGCUGGUGGGAACACGAAGCUGGGCACCGCUUCAGACUCCUCCUCCGUAAUCGCUGUAAUCGCGCUUGUGGUGAUAAAAAAGCGCAAAAUGCGGAAGAGACUUCAGUCAGCUCUGGAUGAAGAGGAUCGAAAAAGAAAAGAGCGAGCUAUGCAAGGAAAGAAGGCAAAGAAAGAUGAUGUAGUAGACGCUGGUGAGGAGGAAAAAGAUGGAAAAAAGAAGAAAAAGAAGGUUAAAGUGGAUAAAACACAAAGAACUGAGCUGCAACUAGGUGAUGAAGAAGAGAAGAAGGCUCUCCUCGAUAAGAUGGAUAAAGAUCCAACACCGGCGGACAUGGAUCGAAUGAUGCAAAUAAUACAAGCCGGCAAAAUGGACGAAGUGAUGCGUGAUCCAAGCCAAGAUGCUAACCCUGCAGAUGUGAACAAGAUGGUAAAGAUGAUAGCGGACAGGCGCAUGGCAAAAGCUAGAGGGAACGGAUGA